UACUAGAGAAGCCAUUGUUAAAACGUUGUAGACAGUUGUAGAACGUCUCGUGUCAUAUAAACAGUUGACCGUUACUGAUUAUAAUUAUACUGAACGAUAACCAGCAGUGAGAAUGUCGACCGACUUUUACAUACGCUAUUACGUCGGCCACAAGGGCAAGUUUGGGCACGAAUUCCUGGAAUUCGAGUUCCGGCCGGACGGCAAGUUGCGCUAUGCCAACAAUUCCAACUACAAGAACGACACGAUGAUUCGGAAGGAGGCAUAUGUGCACCAGUGCGUGAUGGAGGAACUUAAACGCAUUAUCCAGGACUCGGAGAUCAUGCAGGAAGACGACUCGCUCUGGCCACAGCCCGACCGUGUAGGUCGCCAGGAACUGGAGAUCGUCAUCGGCGACGAGCACAUAUCGUUCACCACCUCCAAGACUGGCUCCCUCCUGGACGUGAAUCAGUCGCGGGACCCGGAGGGUUUACGGUGUUUCUACUAUCUCGUGCAGGAUCUCAAAUGCUUGGUGUUUUCUUUGAUAGGACUACACUUCAAGAUUAAGCCCAUAUAAAUGACGCUCAUGUUUUAUCCAAAGACUUCUGUAUAACCC